CAGUACUUGCGCGUCCACCUCUUCUUGUAACGUCUAUCACGAUUCACAGGUAUAAAUGCGUAUAGGCACUCGAAGCCAAGGGAUUGUACUGUAAAUGGAGCAGCCACCAUACGCAGAAGAUGACCUGACCUCCACCUCAGCCACCCAAUCUCACCGCAAAUCAGACUCCCAACGCGGCGGCACGCGCCACCCGGUAUUCCGCGGCGUUCGGAAGCGACGGUGGGGGAAAUGGGUGUCGGAAAUCCGGGAACCGCGCAAGAAGACGCGCAUUUGGCUAGGCUCUUUCCCGGCGCCGGAAAUGGCAGCCAAGGCGUACGACGUCGCUGCUUUCUGCUUAAAGGGUCGUAAAGCGCAGCUCAAUUUCCCGGACGAGGUCGACCACUUGCCUAGGCCGUCCACGUGCACUGCCAGGGAUAUCCAGGCCGCGGCGUCGAAGGCCGCGCAUGCCAUAGUUUUGGAGAAGAAGAAGCGCGACGUUGAUGCCGUGUCAGGUUGCGACGACUUUUGGGGUGAGAUUGAGUUGCCGGAGCUGAGGGUUAGUGAGUGUUAUUGGAACUCGUGUGGGUGGUCGUUUACUGCAGGAGACGCCGCGGGGCUGGACGGAGAGGUUUCGCAGCCAUUCACGGCAUGUCUCUAGCGCGUAUUGUAUCAUUGAUAGGUGGGUAUAUAUGCUCCAUUUAUGUACGUAUGUACAUAUAUAUAUAUCACAUCCGGUUGUGUUGCUACUCUAAUGUACUUGUGAUGUAUGUAUAUCACAACCGGUUGUGUUGAAUAUAGAAGGGCCUAUAUUAUUAUUUUGCAAGUCGUAUGGAGUUUUUAUUAUUGUUA